GAUCUUCAAACAUGGGAGAAGGUGGUGAUAGGAGCAAUGGUUCUGGCAGUUCUAUUUGAAGUAAUCGCACUGAUAUGGAACGCUUUUACAUGGUGUGCGUGUUGCUGUAAGCAAUUUCUUCUACAUCCACUGACUCUGGCGGCAGUAGCGACGUCUAUUUCCCUCGCAACAGCUGUUGUCGUUUAUGGGCUCAGGAAUCAGGAAGCUUUUCGUACGGUCGGCUACUCAUUCUGGUUGGCUGUCGGAGCGAUGGUUCUGGCUAUUGCGGAUGUCAUCGUUGGAGCGUGCGCUGCGUGCAUGGGAGAAAGCUGUCUUUGA